AUGACGUGGCAUAUCUUCUAUAUCUCGAAAGACGGACGAGUAAAGCAAAAGGUCAACAGCAACAGCACGAACAUCUGGCAAGAUGGACCCCUCAACGCCCUAAAUCUCACAACAUACGAUGCCCCCAACGUUGGCCUCCAAGCAUGCUGGUACGGAAAUUAUUACGGCGAUUCCGACGCCUCGAAAUUCCCCACUCGCGACGGCAACAACGACACGAUCCCGUUCAACGGUACCACGCCGGGUAUGCACCUGUGGUACCCAACCGAUGAAACGACCUUUCAGCAAUAUGGCUGGUAUCAGGGUCAAGACCAGUGGCUCGAGGAGCAAACCUGGAAGGACAUGAACACGCACGCAGGGGUUGGGUGCUACAGCUGGCAACCGGGCACUACGACAUAUGCUAUGAUGGUUGACACCCAAGAUACAGCAACAAUAUGGUGGAGGGACACCAAUAGCAGUAGGAAGUCAACUGAUGAGCAUCCCAUCAAUACGUGGGAGAACGCGACUGCCUACGCUAUACCCGACGUAUUCCCCAGCAGCUCACUUGGGUUCACCGAAUACUUCUACACCCAGAUGGCCGAUGGCACGAUCGUGGGCCACGAUAUAAAUUGGGGAGCUGAGAACACGAAGGGCGUCGACGAAAAUAUGUUCACUGUGGGAAGUGCACGAGGCGCCAUACCGGGCUUGAAAGGUACGCAUAUGAGCGUCACUGCUGUGGAGGACCAGUCUGGCGGCACAAGCCUGUAUGUGUUCUAUCAAACGAGAGGCGAUGACUUGAGUGUAUUCACGAGGGAUCUAGACGGUGGGCAGUGGACACAGGGUGAACUGCCGAUCCCCGACGCUUGA